AUGACUUCCCACCAGCCGAAGGUUGGCCCACGGCUGAAAAUCAGCGUGCCAAACUUCAAGCGUACGGAUUUUUCUGGCGAAAUCGAGAAGCUUGGAGGGCUCCAUUCUGGUAGCAGCCGCAAGAUCCGUUCUGUUCCUCGAAGUGACCCUGACCCAUCGGCGAACAGGUUGAAGGCCUCUGCCGGGUUUCUGAGUGCAAGGGCACAGGAAGGCUACCCGGACCGAGCGCCUGAGGCGGGUGCCGGUGACUUCAAUGCGUGGCUUCGCUCCCUGGCCCCUCCAAAGGAGCCAACCAGCCCCAGUGGAGCGGAUGGAAGAGAGUUCUUGCCACCGAAGGAUGAAGAAGAUGCAACUGCAGGUCUUCCGCUGGAGGCUUUUGACAGUCCGAUGGACUUCGAGGUCCAUACGCCGCAGGAGUGGCUUGCGCUCUGCAAACAGGGCCCGUCAGCAGGGAAGCCCCAGGCCGCUGUCCUGCACUAUGCAGCACAGGAAUGGCGAAUGUUGCCUUGUUGGGUUUUGGGCUACGAGGCAGCUUCAUCCCGGUACAUCGUUGAGCUGGAGGAUGGAUCUCGCAAGCAGGUGAAGAGACUUGCACUGCGCUUCAACGAGGAAGAUGCACAGAAUUUCGCAUUGCGGGUCGAGACUUGCCGAGCAAAAAAGGCCCACUGCGAAUUGCAGCAGGCUUUCAUCCGGUUUAUUGAGUCCCAGCCGGACGAGCUCGUCUCGUCUAUGUUGCGCGACCAGAAGGAGCGGUUCAUCCGACAAGGUCUUCAUGGAAGUCACCUUGAGGAUGCCGGCAGCUUCGUGAGCCAGAUUCGUGAUCUCAUCCGAGAGAUCGAAGAGAACUACGUCCUCUCAAUGAAGUUUGCGAAGGUGAAGAACGAUCUAAUCCUGGAGAUGGGAACUCCGUAUGCCUGUGUCCGGGAUGACACGCCCUUCGCACCCCUGCUAACGAGCUUCCUGCCGACUGUGCCGCCUCAGUUUGGUCUGGUGGCCCACCAGGCUGCUGAGGAGCGAGUUCUGGAGAUCGCGGCUCAGCUCGUCAAGCAGCCGACGAUUUCCAGAAAUGUAAAUGUCGCAAGCCCAGGGGAGUCAGUUUGGCAUGACACCGCAGAAGAUCCCUGCACCGGUCGCGGCUCGACUCUGAUUCACCGCAUCUCUGGCGCUAACCUGCCCUCCGGCGAUGCCAUGGCAGUUCCGGUUGCAGGUAGCUAUCCACGAGAGCAUAUCAGCUUGCAGAGUCAGUUCUUUGCUCUUGGGCAUUCUCUUGUGGUCUUGCUUGCCUGCUGCGGCAUCUUGUUGACAAAGAGUUUCAUGAAAAACAUGCUGAGCACCUUCCACGCGUAUGGCAGUGUGUUUGGCCUGGCAAUUUCUUCAACUUUCUUGCUCGCCCUCGGCAUCCUCAACUUGUACACGGCUCGGCAGCUCUGGAUGGAAUGGAAGGGUCGAGGUGGCGACCACGGCCAUGAUGCAACUAUGGGCUUGUGGUUGAGAUGUUGUCCGCGACUGUUCCAAGCAAUUUCUAAACCGUGGCACAUGUUGAUUGUCGGAUUCUUAUUCGGACUUGGCUUUGACACAUCCACGGAGGUGGGGCUAUUGGGUGUGGUAGCCGUGUCACAUGGCCUCGCUGCACCCAUCUGCAUCUUGCUUCUGCCCUUGCUUUUCAUGUCCGGAAUGUGUCUCCUUGACACCCUGAAUGGCUUGAUGAUGGCAUGGAUUUAUCGCACAUCCGUGGAGGAUGACAAGAAGAAGAUCUACUUCAAUUUGUUCGUCACCGUGACCUCAGGCUUGGUCGCUAUUCUCGUUGGGCUGAUAGAGAUGCUGGGUUUUUUGGCCGAAAGGGCAAACCUGCAAAGCUGGUUCUUCCAGUGGAUCCAAUCUGCAAACGAUCACUCCGAGCUUCUCGGAGCGGGCGUCGUGUUGAUAUUCUUGGUGGCCAUGGCAAUUGCUUUGUUCUGCUUCAGGAGGGUGUUCGGCGAAAGUACAGCACCUGCUCAAUCUUCCGUGCACAGACGAGAACGGCCUGUGCAGUACGAUUUAGUGGCCGUCCCUGUUUGCAAAGCACAGGUUGCCGCAUGGCUGAAGGAGAAUGGUGCCACCUGCAAGCAGGUGCUUCGCUUGCUUCUGGGAACCUGGAUGGCGCUAUGUGGUGGCAGCCUCUAUGCCUUCUCCAGGUUCGAGGUGCAGAUCAUGACCAGAUGUAGUCUGACGGCGCAGCAACUGGAUGUCGUCUAUGCGGCCGGCCAGGCCGGUGUGGGUUUGGGCAUCGUCCCGGGCACGCUCUUCGAUCUCUAUGGCCCGGUGGGGACAAGCCUUUAUGGUGCAGCCUUCACAGCCGCCGGGAACCUUGGCCUCGCCAGCAUGCUCAGUGGCGAUCAAUGCGGAGGUGUCUCUUCAUUGGCCACAUGGUACUUCCUGGUGCAGCAGGGCUCCGUGGCAAUUUUUCAAGCCGGCCUCUUCACGAACAUCGUGGAAGCCCCGCCAAAGAUGCAGGGCGUUAUCACCGGCAUCGUUUCCUCGGGCUACGGCCUCUCUGCUGCCUUCGUCACCUUCCUCUUCGCGUUCUUUCAGGAGGACCUGGAUGCCUACUUCAAGGGAACUGCAUUGCUUUUCUCUGCCACUGGCCUGGUGGCAGCUUGCACUAUGCCGCUGCUUCGUGGUGGGUCUCGUGCAACAGCCUAUGGCCGCUUAGAACACAAGGACGAGGCUGGGGGACGUUCACCACCACCAGCAACAACGUAUGGGCGCCAAGAGCAAGAGGAGCUUCCGGAAGCCGCUCCUGCUCCUGCAUCUUCUUCACCAUCACUGAGCCGCCGCGAUAUCUUGUGCCGAGCUGAUUUCUGGCUGUUUCUGCUGCCGUUUGUCCUGGUCCAAAGCAUUGGCUCUGGCCUCUACAUCGCCAAUCUCUCGCUGAUCGGGGACUCGCUGGGUAUCUCACCAGACAGUCGCCCAGUUUAUGUUCGCACCGUGUCGUACUGCAACUCUCUGGGUCGUAUCUUCAGUGGUCUGGCCAUGGACACAUUGGAGCCACGAGGCAUCCAUCGGUCGGACCAUCUCCUCCUGAGUGCUUUUGCCGUCAUUCUGGCCUCUGUUGCUCUUUUCUUGCUGCCGGAGGAGAUAGUCCCUGCAAUGCUUCUGCCGGCGUUGGCAGUGAUUGCUGCGGCAUAUGGCUCCAAUUGGGCGAUCAUGCCGUCAUACAUAUCCAAGCGGUUUUACGGUUCGCACGUUGGUGUGAUGUUUAACAUCCACAGUGGCCACAUCGCGGUGGCCGUGCUGGUGACAUCCUACGCGGUGGGAGGUCUCUACGAUACUCAGGCUGAGCUGCAGGGCGAAGGCAGCUUUUGCCACGGCACCACGUGCUGGCGUCCGGCAUUUGGCAUGGGCUUGAUCGUACAGGCCGUGGCGCUGGCAGUUGCCCUGCUCCUUAUGUGGAAGGUUCGUCGUCCACAGAUCUCCGAGUCCAAAGCCGCCUCUGAGAAGACCUGCCACGAGAAGUGA